CAGCGACUCCCACGGGCGGUACCUGCCUUCAUCAGAGACGUAGUUGGUCACAUCCCGUGACACUCGCCUCGAGAACAUCCUUGAACUCAAGCACAAUCCUUACCCGUCACAACCACAAACUUCAAGAUUCAUCUUCGACAAGUGAGAUAGGUUUCCGCUGAACAAAGAAGAACGAUUUGAGAAGCUACAUCUUCAGACAGCCAGUCAAAUCCCAGCAAGGGCGAUUCUGCUUCGCAACGAAAUUUUGUCUCAAAGCAAUCAUGGUCUUUGGCCCGGUACCCAAUCGCAGCUACCAUGAAGCAUUCAUGCGCAACGCCAUAGAGAUGGCAGAAUUUGCGCUCGCCUCUGACGAGACUCCAGUCGGCUGUGUCUUUGUGCAUAACGGUGAGAUCAUUGGCCGCGGCAUCAAUGGCACAAACGCGUCACUCAAUGGUACUCGCCACGCUGAAUUCGUCGCUCUGGCGGAGAUCAUGGCCAAACAUCCACAGUCCAUCCUCCGAGAGACCGACCUCUACGUGACUGUCGAGCCGUGCAUCAUGUGUGCAUCCGCACUACGACAAUACGGAAUCCGCACGGUCUACUUUGGCUGUCUCAAUGAUCGCUUCGGCGGGUGCGGCGGUGUGAUGAACAUGCAUUCGGAUGCUGGCGUGGACAAGCCAUACCCGGUGUACGGUGGCAUUUUCCGCGAGGAAGCCAUCAUGCUGUUGCGUAGAUUCUACGUACAAGAAAACGAGAAAGGUAAAUUGGUCAUGACUGUUUCAGAUAAAGGACGUAUCGCAGCGCUCUGCAUACUCAAUCUCGAUGACCGAUCGCUGACGGGUCUUUUCCCCUGGGACAGCACCUGAACCGAAACCGAAGAAGAAUCGAGAGCUCAAGACAGAGAUCUUGC